CGCCUCUCCUCCUUCCCCCUUUCGAAAGGCUCCGAAGCAGAGGAAGCCAGGCAGAGAGAGAGAGAGAGGCUCGCCUUGCCCGACGAGGAAGUGCUGCUGCCUCUCAGCUGAAACCCCAACGCGCUGAGGAAAUCGCUGGAGAGAAAAUGAGGAAGCGAGCGCUUCACUCAUCCUGAACGGCCUUUGGGGCCGAGGCGGGGGGCAGCGAGUGUGGGGCAGGCAGCCCAGGGCCAGAAGACGGGUCUUGUCGGGCUCCUGAGCUGGAUUUGGGAAGGACAGACACAGGAGAAACUUGGAGCCGUGGCUGGCGCUCUCUUCUCGCAAGGCGGACGGAGGAGGAAAAGAGAGAGAGAGAGAGAGAGAGACUCCCUUGGCUUCCUCGAGCUUCCCCUCUCCCUUUCCCACCAGAUAUAAAAUAAUUUCUACAAAAAGGAGAGAAUUAAGUGGAAAAUGGCAAAUUCUCAUUCUAUCAGCCACCUCCCCUACUUCUUUGGUAACAUCACUCGUGAGGAAGCUGAGGAUUAUUUGAUUCAAUCUGGAUUAAGUAAUGGACUGUAUCUACUGCGACAGAGCCGAAACUAUCUUGGAGGCUUUGCUUUGUCCCUGGUUCAUGAUGGUAAAGUUUAUCAUUACACAAUUGAAAGGGAAAUUAAUGGCUCUUAUGCCAUUACAGGAGGAAAGUCUCACAGAAAUCCUGUAGAACUCAUUAACUACCACUCAGAUGAAGUAGAUGGUCUUGUUUGCCUGCUCAAAAAAUCAUGUAAUCGCCCACCAGGAGUGGAACCAAAAACCAGUCAAUUUGAAGACUUAAAAGAGAAUCUUAUCAGGGAAUAUGUCAAACGAACAUGGAACUUACAGGGGCAUGCCCUUGAGCAAGCAAUUAUUAGUCAGAAACCACAGCUAGAGAAAUUGAUUGCAACAACAGCGCAUUUGAAGAUGCCCUGGUUCCAUGGGAUGAUAUCUCGCGAGGAAUCAGAGCAACGGGUCCAUCUGGGGACAAAGACAAAUGGAAAAUUUUUGAUCAGGGAAAGAGAUAACAAUGGAUCUUUUGCUCUCUGCCUCCUCAAUGAAGGAAAGGUUCUACAUUAUCGCAUUGAUAAAGACAAGAAGGGAAAGCUCUCGAUCCCAGAUGGAAAGAAAUUUGAUACUCUCUGCCAGCUUGUGGAACAUUAUUCUUACAAAGCAGAUGGCCUUCUAAGAAUAAUCACUGAUCCAGUUCCAAAUCCAAAUUUCCACUUAACAAAUGGACAAUUUGAUUUUGGCAGUACACCAGCACUUCCUAAACGUCCAAGUAAUAAGAGUUGGUCAACAGGUGGAAUUAUCACCAGACUCAAAUCAUACACUUUCCCAAAGCCAGGAGGCCAAAAGCCAGUUAUCCCUGCUCCUGUUCGAAAUGCUGAUUCUUCAUUAUUUAAUGACUAUGUUCUACGAAGGAAGCGAGUUCAAUGUGCAGGUGAUCAAAGGGAAGCUUUGCCUAUGGACACAGAGGUCUAUGAAAGUCCAUAUGCCGAUCCAGAAGAAGUGAAAGCUAAAAAUGUCACCCUUGACAGAAGUUUGCUGAUUCUGGAAGAUCAGGAACUUGGCUCUGGUAAUUUUGGCACUGUAAAAAAAGGCACUUAUGAAAUGAAAAAGGGAAAAAAGGUAGUGGCUGUUAAAAUUCUCAAGAAUGAAAGUAAUGAUCCCUCUGUAAAAGAUGAAUUGCUGAGAGAAGCAAAUGUUAUGCAACAACUGGAUAACCCAUAUAUUGUCCGGAUGAUUGGUAUUUGCGAAGCUGAGUCCUGGAUGUUGGUCAUGGAGAUGGCUGAACUUGGCCCCUUGAAUAAGUAUUUGAUAAAACACAAAGAUGUCACAGACAACAAGAACAUUAUAGAGCUUGUUCAUCAAGUUUCUAUGGGGAUGAAAUAUUUGGAAGAAAACAACUUUGUGCAUAGAGAUCUAGCUGCAAGAAAUGUGUUGCUGGUUACCCAACAUUAUGCCAAAAUCAGUGAUUUUGGACUUUCUAAAGCUCUUGGCUCCAAUGAUUAUUACAAGGCAGAACGUUAUGGGAAAUGGCCAGUCAAGUGGUAUGCUCCAGAAUGCAUGAACUUCUUCAAAUUUUCAAGCAAGAGCGAUGUUUGGAGUUUUGGUGUCCUAAUGUGGGAGGCAUUUUCAUAUGGUCAAAAGCCAUACAAGGGUAUGAAAGGAGGAGAAGUUGCUCAGAUGCUUGAAAGAGGAGACCGAAUGGAAUGUCCUCCAGGUUGCCUGCCCGAGGUCUAUGAAUUAAUGAAACUGUGUUGGACAUACAAUGUUGAUGACCGGCCAACAUUUUCGUCAGUGGAAUUGAGGCUGCGCAACUUCUAUUAUGACAUUGCACAAUAAAUAUAUUCAGACUUGUAUGACCUUUAUGAAGGACAACACAAUGGGAAGCAGACCCAAGAAACCUGCAAAAAUACCAACAUGUUCUCCAGCAAAACCAUUGUGAAAAAGCUUUGCCGUGGGACCGCCUCAUCACUUUUCAGAAUACUUCCACUUUUUAACUUUAGCAAAGUACAGUUCCAGAAAUCUUUGGGCUUUUAUAAUUAUUUAACCUAUUGAUACCAUGAUAGAUUUUUCAGUUUCCUUUCUUUCAGUAUGGUACUUGUGGAGUCAAGAGAUCUUCAGUGUUUUACUUAUUGUUGUGAAGAAACAUUAAUACUGCCAUUAUCAUAGCUUUACCAAGGAGCUUACAGACUGGGGACUGAUUUUGAGUCAGAAUGGCAUCUUUACAUUGUUCUAAUUAAUAGUAUCCACCCUUAAAUAUAUUUAUGGAGUGACUAUGCAAAGUAUAAACCAUGGCACUAUUUUUGCCACUUUUGCUUAGUCCUAGUUUAAGGGCUUCCUGGUGGCAGAGCGGGAUAAACCGCUGAGCUGCUGAACUUGCUGACCAAAGGUUGGCGGUUCAAGUCCGGGCAGCAGCAUGGGCUACCUUUUAGGCCCAGCUCCUAGUAGUUUGAAAACAUGCAAAUGAGAGCAGAUCAAUAAGUACAGCUUCGGUGGGAAGGUAACGGUGCUCCAUGCACUCAUUCUGGCCACAUGCGCUAGGAGGUGUCUAUGGACAAUGCUGGCUCUUCGGCUUAGAAAUGGAGAUGAGCACCAACCCCCAAAGUCGGACACAACUAGACUUAAUGUCAGGGGAAACCUUUACCUUUUAGUUUAAGGUAAUCUGUAUGUAUAACCGCAAACUUUCCUAAAUGGUAAGGGGCUGCUGUUAGAUUACUAUGAAAAGGAGCCAGUCAAAUAAUGCAUAUUGGGACCAUUGCACAAAAGGAUCAUGCUCAAUGGGCUUACCAAUGUCCUUCAUACAUCUUCAGUUACGGAGUUUCUCUGUGUGCUAUGUAACUUCAUAAAGUUACAUAAUAUAAACCAUGAUAGGGAAUCCUGGGCGACAUCAUACCAUAUGGAGGUAUGGCAUAUUUUGAAAAAUCAAAGUUUAAAGCAUAAAGGCUUGAAAUUAAUAUGUUUUAUUUUGUAUAUCUCUCUAAUAAUAUAUGGAGUUAAUCAUGCAUAUUCUGUAAUAACUGGACUCAAAACACCAUGCUGAAUUGUGUCAUCUUGCUAUUUUUAUACAUUUCUCAGAAAUCAUAAUACAACUCUUUCAUCUGUUUCCAUCGCAAAUGUAUUUGAUGUAGAGGAAUUCAAGACCAUUUGUAACUUUUGUAUAAUAAAUAAGCACAACACAUCGUUUCAUAAGUAUCAACAUAUAUAUAAUGCAAAUGCAGAUGAGCUCUAAAUCUAGCACAUGGAGUAUGUACAAAGACUUCCCAUCUUUGACUAGAUGAUAAUGAUUUUAAAAAUCCAAUAUUUUUCUUAAAGCUUGAUCUAAGCAACUAUGUUGAAAGAAAGACUUUCUGUUUCUUGCUUAUCUCAGCUCUUUUAAAAAUGGUCUUAAACUGUUUAGCCAGACUGAAUUACAUUCAUGAUAAAAUCCUCUGCCUACAUUGAAGAUAGGAGUCUAUGUGAUAAGCCUUUUGCAGAAUUUCCUAUUCUGGACUUCAAAAGACAACUGUACUUUUAUGCAACUAUGCAAUUUAUGUUACUAUGCUAACCAGGCUUAGCAACUGUGUAUAGGAUUGUGAUAUGCAU